UUAACCGACAACCAAAUUUCAAGGCACUUUUGGCCUUUCCUCCAACAAAAUCUGCUCUAUUUAUUUAUUUGUUUUUUCCACAUCAUCAUUGUUACACGUGUCAUCCAUCAGAUGGAACUCAUUCCCAAUCCUUUGACUUUGACGACUUUAGUCAAUAAAACCCUAACCCAACUCUUAAACCUUUUUUUUUUUUUUCUCUUUUCUUUUUGUAUAUAUGACCCUUUCCUCAACUCACCCUUUAUAUAGCUUCUCUUUUUAAUUAAUUCUUUCCCUUUCUUCUUCUUCCUUUAUAAUUUUCAUGGCGAUUUUUCCUAUCAACUCAUCCAACUUGGAUCUCUCCAUUUCCAUGCCUGGCUUUGCUUCUCCACCGACUCGUUCUUCGUUUGUGAGAGAAUUGGACAUAAAUCAAGUACCGGCAGCAGGAGAAGCGGAGGUCGAAGAAUGGGCCGUGGCACCGAGCGCUGAGGAGGAGGAGGAAGAAGAAAGCUGCACUAAUAAUGGAGGUACCCAACCAAGGAAGAAGCUUCGCCUGUCAAAGGAUCAAUCUCGUCUUCUUGAAGCAAGCUUUAGGCUCAAUCAUACAUUAAACCCGAAGCAAAAGGAAGCUUUGGCUAUGGAGUUGAAGCUGAAGCCCAGACAAGUUGAAGUUUGGUUUCAGAAUCGGAGGGCCAGGAGCAAAUUGAAGCAAACUGAGAUCGAAUGUGAGUAUUUGAAGAGAUGGUUUAGAUCAUUAACAGAGCAAAACCGCUGGUUGCGGCGGGAAUUGGAGGAGCUGAGAGCCAUCAAGGUUGCUCCACCUGCCAUUGUCUCGCGCCGCGACCGACAACCGCCCCUCUCGACGUCUACUAUAACCAUGUGUCCUCGAUGUGAGCGUAUAACAUCUACUAAGGCUGCAGUCACUGAGACCGCCAUCGCCGCCACCACAAUGUCAUCGAAGGUGGUUCUGUCCGCCCUCAAAUUACGGUAGCUGUCAUGAGGUUGUUGAUAGACGGAACAAAAAGGCUAGAAAUAAACAAAUAAUAACAAUAAACUAAGGUAGAAAAUGACUGUAGGUUGUUCCUCUAUUGAAUUGUAUUUUUUUUUCUUUCUAUUUUAACGUACGAACGU